AUAAUAAUAAUAAUAAUAAUAAUGAAGAAAAUGAUGAUAAAAGUAAAUUAGAAAAGGAUAUUGUUUGUUCUGGUAAUGAUAGUUUAUCAAAUACUCCAUCGAAUAUAUUUUCUUCAAGUAGUAAAUUUUUUCCAGGUGUAUCAUUAUCACCAUCAUCAUCAACAUCAUCAUUGAAAACUUCGUAUCACCAUAGAACGUCAUCAAUUCAUCAUCAUCAUCAUCAUUCUCUGUAUACAUCAUCAUGGGAUUCUAUAUCAUUGAAAAGUGAAGCUAUACCUACUUCUACUACUGCUACUACAAUGAUGAAUAGGCUAAGUAAAACUUUUCUUCGACAUUCAAUGCGUGGACGAAUUAAAUCAUCAGAUGAUAAGAAUUCAGAGUCUUAUUUAUUACAAGAUAAUAGUAAUCAUCAUAUGCCUAGUAGAAUUGUUGAUACACAUGAUAUUACCAAUAAAAGUAUAAAUAAUAAAUUAGUAAAUAUGAAUUCCCCAUCGUCUAAUCUAUCAUUGAUUCAAUUUGAAGAUAAUUCAACAGUGAUAUCAGCGAAUAACAUUGCUGGAAAGAAUCAUCCUACUACAUUCAACCUAUCCAAUCAUGUUACAACAAUUAUCACGGACAGUAAUCAUAGUCAACAGUUGAACAAUAGACCAGUAAAACAAUUCUCUGAACAAAAUCUUUAUAUGCUUCAUCCUCUAACUGAUGAUAUUUGGAAUAAUGAUUCAUCUACUCCUUAUAUGGCUGAAAGGCAUUCAAUUUCCAGUGAUUUAUCUGAUGUACAAAGUCUUACCAGUUCAACAGAUGACUGGACUAAACCAUAUGAAAUGUUAUCCAAUCUAAAAUCGUGUCCAAAUGAUAGUAGUGAUAUUUUAUGGCUACCUAAUGAGGAUACCAUCUAUACAAAACAUAAAACCGAUCUUCCUGUACAGUCUUCUGUUCAAUACCAUCAACAACAGCAACAGAGACAAAAAUAUCAAGGUAGUCAUUUGUCUGAUUCAUCAUCAUUAUUAUUAUUGUGUCCCGAUGAAGUUGGUUCAGAAAUGUUAGAAGAGGAGUUUGUUGGUUGUAAACCAAACCCUUCGAUGACGACAACAACUACUGUUACUUCCACGUUGUUGUCAACAGAACACUGUCAACAGUCGAAAUCAUCACAGUCUAUUAAAUGUCCAACAGAAACAAUCAAUAGUGCUUAUAAUAAAUUUUGUAAAUGGAAAGAGUCAAAUAUGUCGAAUAUUACUAUUCAUUUAGAUGGAUUAUUAUGUGAAGCAGACGGUAGUAAUAUAGAAUCACGUUUUUGGAUAAUCUUUCAAUCACUUGAAUUGUAUGUUAAACCUAAAGAUUCAUUUCAAUCAUCUACAUCUAUACCAUCUAGUAUUAUUAUAUCAAAAAAUGAUAAAAAUAAUCAGAGUGAUAAUGAAAUGAUACAAUAUAAUAAUUUAUGGUAUAUAUUUUUAAGUAUUGGCAGUUGUAAUGAUGAUACAUCAAUUGAAGUAUCAUCAUAUAAUAAUUAUUCAUGGAUAUAUAUUAAUGCUAUUUUAUUAAAUAAUUGGGAAUUAAAUAUUUCAUCAACAAUUGAACAAUUAUUCAUUAAAAUCUAUCAACAAAUGAAUACAUAUCAAUUUAUUAAAGAAAUAAACUAUACUUAUUCAUCUAUAUCAUCUUUAAAGUAUACAAUUCAUUUAUUAAUGAAAUAUGGAAGUUUAACAAUGAAAUUUAUAUCAUCAGAUAUUGAUGAAACCUAUGAACAAUUGAAAGUUUUGAAAAAAAUUUCUUUACAACAAGGAUUAGUGAUUGCUCUUACAACAGAUGGAAUAUUUCAAAUCUAUUCUGAACAAAAUCAUCUUGAUCAAUAUAAUAAUAAUUCUAUAAUGGAGAGAAAUCAAUUCAAUACAAAUCCUAAAAAGUAUCUUAUCAAUAAAGAUCAUCUCAAUGAUGAAGUGUCAUUAUCAUCUUCAUCUUGUGUAAAUAAUUCAUUUCAUAAUAUUAUAAUCAAUCGAUAUGCUAUAGAGAAUAAAAUGUUGAAAGAUAAGAUUGAGAUAUUAACAGCUGAAUUGAACAAAUUGAAAUCAAUCUACAAUGUUGACAAUAUUUCAUCAUCUUCAUUUCUAAAGAAAUAAUUCUAGUCAACAAUGUGUGUGUGUGUGUGUGUGUGU